CCUUCCCAAAAGUCCUUCAGAACGAAGCGUAUCCUCGCCAAGGCCGGUCGUCAGAACAGGCCCAUCCCUCAAUGGUUCCGUCUUAAGACGGACACUAAAAUUCAAUAUAACGCUAAACGCCGUCACUGGAGGCGCACAAAGCUCAACAUCUGA